CACACACGUCCUGUUUCUUUGUCUUAUCUGCUCGGUGGUCGGAUCAUGGACGCCCGGCUGCUCUGCAGCACUCUGCUGCUGUCCGUCACACGAGCACUCAGCUCUGCAGAUGACGGCUGGUUCGUGAAGGUUCAGCCGGAGGUACGAGGCAUCGAGGGCUACCCGGUGGUGCUGCCGUGCACCUUUGGCCAUCCGCAGCACUCCCAGCAUUCCUCCCUGCAAGUUGUGUGGCGUCUGGGCCACGGCCAGGGAGCCACUGUCCUGUACCGCUGCACCAGCCGGUCCGGAGCCCCCACCUGUGAGCCAGGGCCGAAGCAGGACCAGCGCUAUCGACUGGAGGGAAACCCGAGGGAGCACGACCUGUCGUUGCGCAUCAGUAACACCAUCCUGCAGGAUAAUGGACGCUACUACUGCCGAGUGGAGGUUCAAGGACGAGAACACAUCAGCUUCGAGGACAAGAUGGGGACCAGACUGAGAGUGGAAGCUCCUCCAAAGAUCCUGGGCCUGUCGGUGGAGGGCACUGAGCAGUCCGGGUACAGAGCGCUGUGUCGGGUCCAGGGCUCCCCGCUGCCGGAUGUCCAGUGGCUCGGCCCGGACGACCUGCUGGAGGGCUCUCUGCUCAGGCCGCUGGCUCAAGGCUCCACCGGCCACUACCACACCGUCAGCCAGCUGAGAGACGUGGAGCCAGGCCAACAGUACACCUGCAGCGCCUCCAACCCACUGGGUAAAGAGCAGGCCACUCUGUAUGUCCUGCCCCCCCAGCCCCCCCUCUCUCUGGCCGGGGCUUCACCUCCUCUCCUGCUCCUCCUGUCGGUGUCUGUGGGGGCAAAAGUCCUCCUGCUGGUGGGGAUGGGGGUGUGGAUGGUGCAGGGCGGAGCUCUGCAGGGGCUCAGCUGCUGGAGGAAAUGA